AUGGCCAUGGGUCGGUCUGUACGACUCGUGCUGGAUGCCUCCCUCCUCCUCGAUCCCUCCUUCACCAGGGAUGCGGCGGCGGUGGCGCUGCGGCCCGGGGUGGAGGAGCUGCUGCGGCGGCUGCGCUACUCCAACCUGAGCGUGGCAUUCUGCUAUGCAGAGGGCAUGUCAACUAAUGAGUCAGGCUUUCUUGAAAAGGUCGCAAGCUCACACUUGUUUGGCUCUAUACCACUUCGUGCAAAAAGUGGGAAUCUUUCUCCAACUGAAUUAAUGUUAGAAUGGAGCCGAACAAGUUUUUGUUUUUAUGUGACUUCAAGAGUUGACAAAGGUUUAAUUUCUGAGCUUCAGAAUCAGAACUGGAGAGUUCUUUCUGUAGCUAAUGAAUGUAGCAUAGAGGUUCCUGGUGUUUUAAAUGUUCAAAGGCUUCAGGAGUUGCUUCUCACCUUGGCUACUCUAAUAAAAAGGGAACUAUGUGGCUCAUCUGUUCUGGUGAUUGGAUAUAUAAUGAAAAAAUCCCGUGAGGAAGACUUCGCAAAGAGAGGAGCAUUUCCCAUAUAUCCUAGAAAGGACAGUCUUAUCUUCGUUCCCCUCUCUUUCGAACUUCCUUUAAGUUUGCAACUGCAAGAAGUUGAUAUGGUCCUCCACAAAAUAACCGAUGAGAUUGUCAAGAUCGAUCCAAACUGCUCCAUCGAUUUUUCAAAAGGGAUUUCAUUUUCUGCAGGAAUGUCUGAAAUUAUAAGGUUUGUGGAAGAGCACCCUGAUUUUUGCAUCAUGGAUCCAUUUAAAAAUAUUUACCCAUUGCUCGAUCGUCUUCAAAUCCAAAAAAUCCUUGUCCGGUUGCAAGAACUUGCCACUGAAGGAAAGCCAAAACUUCGAGCACCAUAUUCUUUGAAGGUUGACAAUUUUCAUGAUGGUGAAUUAGAUAAGCAUCUAGCGGAAGCUAAUUUAUCCUUCCCACUCAUUGUAAAGCCACAAGUCGCUUGUGGAGUUGCUGAUGCCCACAAUAUGGCAUUAGUUUUUCAAAUUGAAGAAUUUAGCAACCUUAGCGUGCCUCUUCCUGCUGUACUACAGGAAUAUGUGGAUCAUGGAUCCAAGAUUUUCAAAUUUUAUGUGAUUGGAGACAAAGUUUUCUAUGCUGUUAGAGAUUCAAUGCCCAAUGCACGCUUUUUGAAGUCAUCAUCAGGAGGUGAAGCUCUUACGUUUAAUAGUUUGAAGACUCUUCCAGUGGCUACCAAGGAGCAGCAACUGCAAACCAGGGUGCAAGAUAGCAAACUGUUAGAUGCCAAUCUAGUAGAAGAGGCUGCAAAAUUUCUAAAGGGACUGCUUGGACUUGCAAUAUUUGGAUUUGAUGUCGUUGUUCAGGAAGGCACAGGGGACCAUGUCAUAGUGGACCUAAACUACCUCCCAUCUUUCAAAAAGUUCCCGACUCAGAGGCGGUACCUGCAUUCUGGGAUGCAGUCAGGCAGGUAUACGAGGCAAGGCGAGGGAAUGCCCAGGGUUAAGCUCAAGGCUUCCCCAAUAAGUGAAUCUACCUGA